CACUUGUGGAUACAAUGCAACUUACUCAUCAGUUUUUGAAGAAUAGAGAGAGCCUUUACGAGCUGAGAGCCUAGCCAAGUUGAUAAUCGUUUGCGCUACGACAACGAAACGCUAUCCGUGACUCUAUACCACCAAUAUGAAAGAGUUAUAGAGCGACAAAGCGUUUCGUUGAGCGCGCAAAUGAAUUACUCGUAUCAUCUGGGUUAGGCUUUCCAGGGUGCACAGCCUAUGUGUCGAUCGUUAACGCUCCGUAGCUAACGAAACGCGACUGUGACUGGCGCACUAAUAUGGAAGAGUAAUAGAGAGAGAUUCGCUACGCUACGAGGCCUUAACUGGCUGUUGUGGUGAAAGAUAAUUUAUUAGGUUUUGGUGUGUUCAUGGUUAAAAUUCGUAACGAGAAAUUCGUGACGUGUGGUCACCCUAUUACUUCAAUUACGUGACGUGCUUAAAGGUCUCAAAACCAAACCAUAAAAUUAAUAGAAAUAACGUGACGUUCAUGAAGUGAACAAUAAAACAAAAUAAUAGUAGUAGUUCUAAUUAUAAUAAAAUUGUUGUGUAAAAUAUAUGUAAAUGGAUCGAAGAAACUGAUAAUGAAGAAAUUCAGACCGUUUAUGAGACAAGUAAGUCUGAUACUACCUACCCAAACUUAGGUUUUGAGGACAACAAAGAGUUGCUAAGUAUAUUUAUUGAAGAGCGGCGUAGUUUAAGAAAGAACAGUGUGACUUUGAUAGCUAAAGCAGAUAACACUGUACGGUGGCAUAUUUUGUGAUAAUUGGAUUAUCUCAUCCCCAGUAUGAUUAACCCUCAGAGCAUUGAAUCAACCGGAGCCGCCUUUAAGAGCUUACCCUCUGUCGAAAACCUCAAAGGUCAUACUCACGUCACACGUGUUAUAUGGACUGACGUUUAUCUGACAUGGCUAUGUGUACGUUACGAACAAAUAGCUAUACAUUUGACGUGCCCCUCCCCCGCAAAAAUUGGCAAGCUAUUUUGAACAGAAAAUUACAGACUUAAAUGCUCCAAGGAUUAACCAAAACAUUUUCCAAUACCCAUAGAACUUUAGUCGAAAAACUAUACUACCAGACUCGCGUUUUAUAAAGUUGCUGUUUCUCUCAACAAAUAUGGUUAUUAGAAAUACGACCCUAAUAUCUACCGAGAAUUUUCAGUGUUUUGUGACCGCAGCGGUGUGCAGCAACUGUAUUGGGCAGGGCUGCUUGAUUGGUUUCCCCGCGGUGUUGCUCCCUCAACUGGACCAGCCUGAAUCCGGAAUAACCCUUACCAGGGACCAGGCGUCCUGGAUAGCCGCUGUUAGUUCUAUCUCUAUGAUCUUCGGUAACUUUUUGAUAUCGCCUGUGAUGGAACACGCCGGGCGUAAGGUGGCGCAGUAUACAGCCAGCCUCGUUAUGCUGUCAGGUUGGCCCAUCAUGGCGCUGGCCACAAACAUAGAGGGACUGCUUGUUGGUAAGGUUGUACAAGGUUUGGCAUUUGGUUUGUUAAUGCCGCUGCGCUCCAUUAUUAUCGGCGAGUAUACCAGUCCUCGCCGCCGCGGCGGAUUUCUCAGUCUCAUCAACUUGUCCAAAUCAUUCGGCAUCUUAUCCGUCCACUUUGUUGGCUCUGUCACCGGCUAUAAAACCACAGCAAUUGUCUCAAUGGCCUUUCCUCUCGCUAGUAUCUUCAUGAUGGUUUAUUCUCCAGAAUCUCCUAGUUGGCUGGCGACGCAAGGCAAACAUGUCGAAUGUAAAAAGGCAUUCAUAUGGCUUAGAGGGACGAAAGAGAUGCCUGAAUUAGAGGGACUGAUACAAGCCAGUAAGAAAUUAGACCAAAAAGUAAUCAUAAAGAAAAAUAGGAUACAACAAAUUGGUGCAAUUGCGAAGAAAAAAGAGUUAUACAAGCCUAUUAUCUUGGUAUUUGCGAUGUUUUUUAUGAUGAACUUCGCAGGUGGCACAUUUAUGGGAGCGUAUGCGGUUACCGUUUUAAAUUUGUUGAUGGGCCCUGAUGUUAAUGCUCCUAUUUGGAUGGUGGCCCUGGAUGCCGUAAGAUUGUUUUUCAGUGUCAUUUAUAUUUACGUGACCAACAAAAUUAAAAGAAGGACACUAACGUUUACUACAGCGGCGAUGUCCGUCGGGAGCAUGUUAGGUCUGGCCGCUUACGUGUUUAUCAAAACCAAAAGCUUACUUCCCUGGAACUUACUGUGGGUACCCGGUGCACUCAUUAGUCUACAGGCCUUCGCUUUAGGUCUGGGCACGGCUCCGCUGCCUACCGUUAUAGCCGGUGAGGUAUUUCCUUUACAGUACAGAGGUCUUGGAGGAAGUGUGAGCCUAAUAUCAGUGUCUGUGUCGAUAUUUCUGGUACUUAAGACUUUUCCAGCUCUAGAAUCGGUUAUGGGUUUACAUGGAGUUUAUUUUUUGCACUCCGGAAUUAUGUUAAUGUGUUUGGCGGUGAUUUGGUUCCUACUACCCGAGACAAGCGGCAGGACGCUCCAGCAAAUCGAGGAGCAUUUUAGAGGAGAACCAAUCGGUCACCCAGAAGCUGACGAGGAAACUAAAUCAUUCGAAGACUUUGAGGAGGUUAAGUAACUGUAGGCUUAAUUUAUAAAACUGUGAUUUAAAUGUAAAGUACACAAAGGUAUAAAUUGAGUAGUUAAGUAUAUACCUUAGUAUGUUUAAAUUGUUUAGCAUGGGAGUUUAAAGAAACACUAAAUGAUAACCCAAC